AUGCAGCUUCUCAGCAACAAUCAAGUCGAACCAAGACCUAUAAAUGGCGGACUACCACAAUUGGGCAAUUUGAAACGCCAUUUGAGAAGAGCCGAAGAUGACAUAAAUCGAAUAGUGCCAAAUAAGGAUUUUGAUGGGAUCGCGGUGAUUGAUAUCGAAUCAUUUCGACCGACGUGGCAAUUGAGUUGGGGAAAAUUCGAGAUUUAUAAACAUGAAUCAAUGAAAUUGGUACGUGCCGAAUAUCCGGAUUGGCCGGAGCAAUUAGUAGCGAAAAAGGCAAAAGAGGACUACGAGACAGCUUGCAAAUUGUUUUUCGUUGAGAGUCUUCGAUUGGCGAAACGAUUGCGGCCGAAUGCCAAAUGGGGAUUCUAUUUGUUCCCGAAGUGCAAUGGAGACGUUGGACAGAAGAAUAGCACCGAAUGCGAAUUGAAUUUCAGAAAGUAUAAUGAUCAAUUGAAGUGGUUGUGGCUCGAAUCAUCAGCAUUAUUCCCAUCGAUCUACCUUUACCCACAACACAAAAAUAUUCCAAAACAGAAUUUCAUUACAAAUGCGCCAAAUUUGUAUGCAAGUACCGGUGUUGGAAUGGAAAUGCGAGUCGAGAACAUUGUGAUUUGGAGCUCCAGCGCUCGAAUGAAUGAGCGAUGCGAUUCGCUGAAACGCUAUGUCGACAAUACACUUGGACCAUUUGUUCGAUUUAUUCGAAUCAAAAUGAGGAAUUGUCGAAAAUAUGAAUGCAGCUCAGUCGGCGAAUGUUUGUUUUCCCUCAAACAACAAUCAAUUAAUAUAGAACAUGAAGAUUCUGAGAAUGAGAAUUCGGAAUACGACAACCAUUUGGCGAUUAUUGAUGCGAGCAGAGCUCAAAGGACAAAGCUCAUUGAUUUGGACGCUCAUCUCGAAAUUACUGCCAAUGACAUUAUAACGAAAAUUCCCGAUGAAAAUUUCAAUGGAAUCGCCAUUUUUGAUAUCGAGGAAUUUCGGCCAAUGUGGCUAUUAAGUUGGGGCAAUUUUCAGGUUUAUAAACGGGAAUCAAUCAAAUUGGUAGCCGAAAAAUAUCCAUGGUGGACUCAGAAAAUGAUUGAGAAAUUGGCUCAACAGGAGUAUGAUGAAGCAUGCAAAACAAUAUUUCUGGAAACGUUGAGAUUGGGAAAAAGGUUGCGUCCAAAUGCGAAAUGGGGCUUCUAUUUAUUCCCGAAAUGCAAUGAUGAUGUUGGAGAGAAUUCGCAAAGAGAUUGCUCGAAAUUAUUCCAAGCCUAUAACGAUGAUUUAUAUUGGCUUUGGAAAGAAACUACUGCUCUAUUUCCUUCGAUUUAUAUCUAUAAUAAACAUCGAGAAGCAUCGUGGUAUAAUUUUAUUCGAAAUACGGCGCUCCUUAAAGAAACUGAACGGGUCCGAAACGUCUAUUCACCGAACUCUGAGAUUCAUGUAUUCUCGAAAAUCGAAUAUGACCCGUACGGAAGGAAUUUUGCCGAUUUCUACUCGAAAGAAGACUUGCUAGCAAGUUUGGAGACAGCGAUGCGUCUGAAUGUCGAUAGUGUUGUUCUGUGGUCGACGAGUACAAAUAUGAGGCAUCGGUGUGAAUUUAUACGAGAAUUCGUCGAUGAAACUCUCGGACCAUUCAUUCGAAUUGCCAAUCGAAAAUUAGAUAAAUGCCGAGUUGAACGGUGUAGUACACACGGAGAAUGCUAUAUGGAAUAUAGUGAAAUGUAUCCAAGUCAUCAUCACUUUUUUUGUCGAUGCGAUUCACCGUAUUCUGGCAAAUAUUGCGAAUAUCUGAAUCAAUUCCAACAGGAAGAGUCAUCAUACGAUUCACCGAGUCAAUGGUUUAUGAACAAUUGA